UACAGAAAACAAAAACUCCAAUCAAUCAUCCGCAACCAAAACCCCCAAUUCUGCAAAUAAUCUGCACCAAAACCCUCCAAUCAAUCAUGAAUCUACACUCAAAAGAAGUUGCGAUCAAGAGGCCUAAACCUCCUAACCUCGACGAAACCGAUUUCAUAAGCAAAUUACACGACUCACUGCUGCUUCAAAUCCUCUCACUCCUCCCACAAUCCGACGCAACUCGCACACGCAUUUUAUCAAACAGGUGGAAGAACCUCUGCUCCUUCCUCCCCAACCUUCAUUUCGUCAUGCCCUUUUGUUCAAACAUCGAACAAGUCAACAAGUUUCACGACUCCGUCGAUCAAACCCUAGCUCUUCGGGGCGGGAUUCCGAUUCGUAUGUUUCAUCUUUACUGUUCCAAGAACUGUAAUUAUAAUCGUGUUCAUGAUUCCCUUUGUAAUGUUGUUAAUUGUAAAGUUCAAGAGCUUGAUAUUAGGUUUCCUAAUGAUAGAUUUAGGUUUAGGUUUUGCUGGGAUUUGUUUAGGACUUGUGGGUCUCUAGUUCGGUUAACUUUGCGAGGCGGGUUCGUGUUAAAUGUGCCUGAUGUUGAUGUUUUGUUUCCGUGUUUGAAAUCGAUUAGUCUUGUGUCGAUUGUUUAUCUGCGUGACGUGUGUUUUAAGAAUCUGAUUUCCGGGUGUCCGGUUUUGGAAGAAUUGUAUGUGGAGAGACAACUUAUAGGUGAGUUAGAUGGCAUGGAGAGUUGUAUGGUUAUUUCACCGUCUUUGAAGAAGUUAAGGUUGUCGUUUGCACUGAGUGGUAGUGGUAGAGGGAAUUUUAGGGUUGUGAUCGAUGCGCCUAGAUUGGAAUACCUUAGUGUUUUGGAUGUAAUGCCGACAAGCUACUCGUUGUUAACGGAACCUUUGUCGCUUACUGAAGCUCACUUGAAGGUACAAACCGGUGGUGGAGAUUUUCAUGUUGCUCAGCUCGUGACGUGCCUCUCGAAUGUCAAAGUAUUGACGUUAAAUGAUUCGACUUUGACGGCUUUCAUCAAUGUCCAUAAUUUAGACAUGCCAGUGUUCCCUAACCUGGUUGAAUUUGCGAUUGGGCUCGAUGUUUUUUGCAGCUGGAGUAUGUUGCCGACCUUUUUUAACAAAAUGCCUAAUGUUGAGCAUAUUACGUUUUUGAAGGGGUUUCUACCUUUCCCGCAUGCACAGCAUAUCUAUACCAUGAGGUGGAACCCGCCAGUGGAGGUACCGACUUGUUUGCGCUUCAAGAUGAAGAAAAUUACCAUUAAGAAUCGGGAAACUGUAACACCAGAAGAGCUUAAGUUAAUAAGUUAUAUGUUGAAACACGCAAAUCAUUUGGAGAUUUUAACAAUAAAUGCUCAUAAAAUCGAUCCAAAGACACGUGGUCAAGUAUUGAAGUUCUAUCGUGGCUCCAAAUCCUGUCGGAUUGAAUUCGUCUGAAGUGACGGUAAUGCUAAAAAAAUGGUAAAUGUUGCAUAGCUGAUGCUCUUAUUUAUAGCAUAUAAAGUAGGUGGGUCAGUAAUGUGUAAACAAACUUGUAAUAUGGCCAUGUUGGGGUUGGUUUAAUGCAUUUGACAAUAAUGGGUACAUAGAUGGCUUGCUUAACGCAUCCGCGUCACCGCAUGUACAUGUAACUACAUAGGUUUUAGUGGCAUGUUUCUGUGAUAGUUUUAACAUUAUCACCAAAAAGAAGAAGUGCAUAACCGUUUCCUUAGUCGUAUCCGCAUUUCUCUGCCGCCUCAAGCCCUCUGCAACCUGUUCCGCGUAGAGAUAUGUUGGUAAUCUUAGUGUUAUCAACAGAUUUUAGUGGUAUUGGAUUAAGUUGUCGACCAAGUUAAUCUUAUUGAACAAUUGUUAGUACCAACAUAUGGUUUGAUCUGAUAGUGUAUUACGAUUGUGUUCGAGAUUUGGUUGACGGGUCUGUUUCAGUUCGAA